CAUUUGUUAGUUUGACAUUUAAACAAUAAAUUUAUUUACAUUUACAGUUUAUUCAUGUAUUUAAGUUUAUAACAACUAGAAGAAUUUAAAAAAUUUAAUAAAAUUUCAAAAGAGCAAUGUAAUUUUUAAAAAUUUCUUCAAUCAUUCAACUUUGAAUUACAAAAUUAAAGAAAAGUUGUUUCGAGAGAUCAUCAAGUACAUAAUAUAAAGUUUAAUUUCAAAAAUUAAGUGAAUGACGAAAAAAUGGCCUCCAGAGAACAUAUGGUAAAGGAUGGCGGGCCGUCAGUGCUCACCGUUAAAUUCUCUCAUGAACAUUGUUUCCGUCAAUUGUUAUUCAUCUCCUCGUUUUUCAUCGUUUUCACAACUCAAUAGUAUCAAUAAAUCGAUGAAAUUCAUUUGUGAAUAAAAUAAAGUUCGUGGCUGUUCCAACAGUGAAGAAAUUUGUGUUGGAGAUAGCGCUUAGCGACAAGCAGCAACAGAAUUGAGGACGGUGCUGUCAGCGCCAUUUGAAAAAAUUGAGCGAGAAGUCCAAAUCCGAGGAAUCGAGAAAGAGCCAUGUCUACGAAUGGAGAAUGGGCUCGAUUGCUUCGGUGCUUCAGUGGCAUUGCUCGGAGUGCUCUCUGAUAAAUCCGACCGAAAGCGCGCAAUGCGCCAGGUGCGGAUUAUCCCGAAUCCGAAGUGAUCAAUUUCAAACAUGGCAUAAUCAACCAACAAGCGAAUUUCACGCUAAUCCACGAAACAAUUCCAGAAACGAGUCACGCAACGAAAUCUCCUCAUCCCGUUCCUCGAGUCCUCCAACACCUCCGCCGCGGCUUCGUAAUCCUGGGAAUAAUUCACUUCCCGAAGUUCCAUUGUCCUUGAAGAAGUCGCGGCCACCGAUUCCUGCAACACGUCAAAUUUCACAAACUUUCCAUCCUCUCAGCAAGGAGAGAAAAGAAUCAAAGCCCAAUGUGAUAAAAAAGAGAAUACGCAGUCGCUCUUGGUCGGAAACAACGCGUGAGAUACGAAUUCUCAAGCGUUCAUCAUCGUUACCAUCGCUCGUCACCAAGUGGACCUGUAUUCGUUGUCUAUUGCGAAAUAAUCCAACGGCAACGGCAAUUUGCACUGCCUGCGAUGCAAGCUCAUUAAUUGAGACUCAUGGAAGGCAAAUUGGAGCAAGAAAAUGCAAAAGACUCGAGCCAAAUAAAAAUGGCAAUAGUCUAAAGCAAACAGGACGUUUGGAUCUUGUGACAAAAGUAACAACAGGUCUUGUAACACGUGUUCACGAUAGCAGUACAAAUACAUUAAAAAUAUCAAGCCGUGACAAAUAUCAAACACCUUCAUUGGAAAUGGCACAAUUGACCGGUGAAAGAACACGGAAUAAUCGUGAAGAAUGGACAUUACCAAACGAGAGAAUAGAUUCAUCAUCAUCGUACGUUGUUGAUAAUGUUGAUCCCUCUCAACGUUCACCAAAACGUCACAGUCCAUCAAUGUACGAGAGAGUUAAAUCCAAAGUAAGCCGUUCACUUUCAAAUGGUUCAGUUGUACAAAAACUCACCGACAAUGUUCUAUUGCGACCAACAAGUCUUAUUGUAUCCGAGGCACAUCAAGAUGACGCCCUAUGGAGCUGUGAUAAUUGUACCUUGAAUAAUGCUUCCGGUUUGGAGCAAUGUGAAGCAUGUGAUGCGCCACGUAGUCCAGCGCCUUGUAGCGGCGUUGUUAUUAGUGUUCCCGUAUGGGAUACAAGAGCAUUAUCAUCAGCGGGUCCUCUAUGCUAUCGAAGAUCAUUCUCGGAAAUUGAUGCCGUCACAACAAGUAUAAGUCAACGAAAAGUUGUGAAUCGCAGGAGCCUGAAUGAUAAGGAACCACCAGAAGUGCCACCACAUUCAGCUGCCUUCAAUUCUCGACCGAAAUAUUCAUACAUUGGAAUAACUGAUCCCGAUAUUCCUCCACCAUUACCAAAGAAACAAAGCAAUAAAUUAAAUCAUCAACGAGCCACAUCGCAAGCCGAGGCAUCAACAAGUCCCCUCGGUCAAUCAACUGCCAAUAACAGUCCUUUAAAACGAAUGUGGACAUGUCGAAAGUGUUCUUAUGCCUAUAAUCCCCUAUGGUCGGGUGGUUGUGACAUUUGUGGUUCAUCACGUUCACCACCAUCGUUAACGCAACCGAGUUUAAUCACAGUUACAAAAGAUAGUGUCAAUUCACGACAACAACAACAACAACAUUCACCAAUUGUUGUCUCUAGAGAUAGUGUUCGUUAUAUACCAUCGAGACCAGGUUAUUUCACUGAAUCUGAUUCUGACGACAUACAAGAAUUAGGUCCAGGUUGGACGUGUAAAAAAUGUACUCUAUUAAAUUCAGCGUCGAAAACAACAUGCGAAGCAUGCGGUGGAUCAAAAUUAAGAAGUGUCUCACAUUUAGAUGAUCCAACAUUGAGAAAAAGUGAAAGUUGGGUUUGUCAGUCAUGUACAUUGAGAAAUCCACUUACAGCAAUUACAUGCAAUGCUUGUAAAAAUCAAUCAUUCACCGAAACACGAGAAAAUAGAUUACUCUCGGCUCAAAGGAGUCCAAGUCCAAGACUCAAUUGUCCCACGCCUACUAGUCAAAAAGCUGUUACGCCAAGGCAUAGAAAUUCUGUCAAGAGAAAUGGUUCUGGAUUGGUUGAUAAAAAGUACAUUAGAACCAAGGAAUCCGGUAUUGCACAGUGGCAAUGUAAGCUGUGCACUUUUGAAAAUAAGAGCACACAUGGAAAUUGUGAAAUGUGUCAUAGCUCGAAAAUAUUGUCACAAAUGCCGAAUGAUAGACCACGACCCAGUGAGCCUGGUAACAAUACACUACGAAUACAGAGACAAGAAAGUGUUGUUAUGGAAAAUUUGCGAAAAAUCGAAGAAAGAGAAGCAUUGGAAAAAUGGGAGAGAAUAGUUUUAUAUUGUAAAGAGACGAAUGAACCAUUUGUUGACGAUUCAUUUCCACCGGCACCAAAAUCACUCUACUAUAAUCCAACCGAUACGAAGGAUAAUCACGUUGUUCAAUGGAGAAGGCCACAUCAAAUUAAUGUUGAUUCGAGUGUUGAUUCACGAUUGCCGUGGGCUGUUUUUCGUACACCAUUGCCCUCCGAUAUAUCGCAAGGUGUUUUGGGUAAUUGUUGGCUUCUAUCGGCAUUGGCAGUUCUUGCCGAGAGUGAUGAACUGGUAAAACGUGUUCUCGUCAUGCGUGAAACAUGUCCUGAGGGUGCAUAUCAAGUACGUCUAUGUAAAGAUGGUAAAUGGACAACAGUAUUGGUUGAUGAUUUAUUGCCAUGCGAUAAAAGAGGACAUCUUGUCUAUUCCCAAGCAAAGAGAAAACAACUUUGGGUGCCAUUGAUUGAGAAAGCGGUUGCUAAAAUUCAUGGAUGUUAUGAAGCACUUGUUUCGGGACGUGCAAUUGAGGGUCUUGCAACAUUAACGGGAGCACCAUGCGAGAGUGUUCCAUUGCAACCGUCAGCUUUGCCAAGUGAAGAUGAAUUGGAUAAGGAUUUAAUUUGGGCACAAUUAUUGUCGUCACGUCAGGCAAUGUUUUUAAUGGGUGCAAGUUGUGGUGGUGGUAAUAUGAAAGUUGAUGAGGAGGAAUAUCAGAGAAAAGGAUUGAGACCAAGGCACGCUUAUUCUGUUCUUGAUGUUCGCGAUGUACAGGGAAUAAGAUUGUUGAGAUUACGUAAUCCUUGGGGUCAUUAUAGUUGGAAGGGCGAUUGGUCCGAUGAUAGUCCAAUUUGGACGCCGCAAUUGCGUGAAAUGUUGAUGCCCCAUGGUGCUUCGGAUGGUGUAUUUUGGAUCUCGUUCGAUGAUGUACUUCGUUAUUUUGAUUGUAUUGAUAUUUGUAAAACAAGAGUUGGAUGGAGUGAAGUUAGAUUGAGAGGGACAUUGCCACCACUAUCGUCACUUAGGCAUUUGUCCUGUGUUCUUUUGACUGUACUUGAGCCAACUGAGACGGAAUUCACGCUCUUUCAGGAAGGCCAAAGAAACUCGGAGAAAUCACAACGUUCGCAAUUGGAUUUGUGUGUUGUUGUUUUUCGUACACGAUCGCCAGCGGCGCCGGAAGUUGGUCGAUUGGUCGAGCACAGUAAACGACAAGUUCGUGGUUUUGUUGGAUGUCAUAAAAUGUUGGAGAGAGAUUUGUAUAUUGUCGUUUGUCUUGCUUUUAAUCAUUGGCAUACUGGAAUGGAGGAUACGUCAAGUUAUCCAGAAUAUGUAUUGGCUAUUCACAGUUCAAAGAAAUUGUUGGUCGAACAAAUUUCUCCGCCAGCUUUUGUUUUGGCCGAUGCAAUAAUAAGUCUCACACUUGCCAAAGGACAACGACACGAGGGAAGAGAAGGAAUGACUGCCUAUUAUUUGACAAAAGGUUGGGCAGGUUUAGUUGUAAUGGUUGAAAAUCGUCAUGUGAAUAAAUGGAUUCAUGUGAAAUGUGAUUGUCACGAGAGUUACAAUGUUGUUUCUACUAGAGGACAACUGAGAACUGCUGACAGUGUUCCCCCUCUUCACAGACAAGUAAUAAUAGUACUAACGCAGCUAGAAGGAAGUGGUGGUUUCUCAAUAGCACAUCGAUUAACGCAUAGAUUAGCGAAUAGUGGCAAUUUACACGAUUGGGGUCCUCCGGACACGCAUCAUUGUCCACCGAUAGAUAUUCAAGUUGAAGGAUUACACAGUCCACGUUUAAUAACUUGAAUUUUUUCUUUAACUGCUUGAAGAGAGAAAAAAAAAUGGAGAGAAACCAAAGUUUACACUCACACACGAAAGGUAUAGAAAUUAUGGUAUUUUCACAAAAUUUUUGGGCACAAUUGAUUUAAAAAAAAAAAAAAAAAAUAUUGAUUUAGAGCUUGACUCCCAAAAAAAAAAAUGAUGAUUAUAUUAAAAUCACUUUUGGAGUUAAUCAGACAACAAUACAUACAUGGGUGAUAAAAGGAAUAUUCAAAGAGGGAGAGAGAGACAUCUUUUACCGAUAUAAAAAAAAAAACGAAACAAAUUAUUUUCUCAUCUAUAACGUUUAAGCAUGGCAAAAAAAAAUGAAUAAUAAACAAUUUAAAUACAAAGCAAAUGGCAUAAUGACAAAAUGUACAUCUGCAAAGUGAAAUCUCUAGGGAUCAUUAGAAAAAUGUGAUCAUUGGAAUUAUUGUUUUUUGGAAUUGCAUAGAGUAUAGAGAGUGAAAUCGAGGGAAAAUUUUCUUUCUUUUUGUUAUUUUUUGAGAAAAAAAAAACUAGAUAAAAAGAGUACCGAGAGUGGAGAACAAUUCCAAAAAAGAUCUCAGUAAUUGGUCUAUAGAUAUAAAAAAAAAAGCUUUGAUGCUUUUUGAAAAAAAGGCCUAAAUGAUCAAAUUAUGUAAUUUCUUGCCUAAAAUCUCAAUAACGAUAUUAUUUUUCACAUAUAACACAUUGAUAUUCAUAUUAGUAUUAAGGAUGACGUAGAUCUAAUUUUCAGUAAACUCCACUUGAAGUACGACAAUUGUUGUUUUAUAAUAAAUGUAAUCUCUGAAAGUUAGGGCAAAAUACUUUUCAAAAGCUGCCUUUUUGUGCCUGUGUCACUUUAAAUAUGAUUUCGGUUCGUGAAAGAAAAAAAUAUCUCAAAAAAAAAGAAUUCUUCUUUUACAAUAUUCGAAUUAAUCUUCUCUUUCUCUCUACACUUUCUUUUUCAAGAAAGACUAUUUUCCGAAAUACGUAUAUUUGUAAAUAAUCCUUUUUUUAAAAAUAAUAAUAACUAAUUUUUUAUUUAAAGAAAAAAUUUUUAAAUCCAAACGAAAUUUUUAAGUUAACUUUCAAAAAAUGGUAGAUGGUUAGAUGGUUCAAUUUUUUUUUAAUUUUAAUUUUCAACUGGUAAAGUCUAAGAAGAGAGAUGUUAAAUAAGUAUUUUUUUUCAAACUCAUUUUAUUCGAAAAUUCCCUUUAAAUUAUCAAAAAUCAAAAAAAGAAAUCAACAUUUUGAAAUCUAGUGAUUUAAUGAUUUGGAAUGGAAUUCCAAAUAAAACGAGUUUAAAAAAAAUGACACAUCUCUAAAGAUAGGGGGGAAAAAAAGAACGAAAAAACCUCAAUCAGGCCUAAUUUUUUCAAAUGUUCGGUAAAAUUUAACUUUUAACCGCAUUACAUUCGAAAGACGUAACCAAACACCGAAAAAAAGAAUAAUUACAUUUAGCAUUCAAGUAAGUUUCUGAAUUACAGUGGCCUUCGUUUUUUGAAAACAAAAAAAGAGAUAUUUAUGUAUAGUUGGAAUAAAGUGACACACCGACCUGGAAAAAAAAAUAAAACUCUGAAUAAAUUAAUGUAAUAAUGCGUAGAAAUAAAUGAAGAAAAAAAGAAAAUUAAUUAAAAAUAAAAAUCAUUGCUAUCGAUCUCUAUCGAAUCAAGUAAAAAGAAAAAAAAAACUAAAAGUAGUUUUCGGUUUUUUCUAAACUAGAAUAUAUUUGAGGGAAAAAAAAGGGCUAUGUAAUGAAAAAAUUCAGAAUUAUUGAGUUGACCACUCGUGCCAUACCAAAAUAGAAUUUAGACUUUAUCAAAUAGUAUUCGAUAAUAAUAAAACUUCAUAGUUGCGUAUUUCUUUCGCUACUUGUAAUGCAAAUUUUCACAGGAAUAUAUAAUAUAUAUAUAUAUAUAUAUCUAUUUUCCAUAUCGCAUGUGAUGAUAUUAAUGUAAAAUGUGUUCUCAAUAAUUCGGGGAACAAAUGUCUUUUACUUAGAAAUAAUUCAUAGAAAAAUUACGCUUUUUUUUUAUUUAGUUUUUAGACAAGAUUCUUUAUAUAAUUCUUUUUAAGUUUCUCUUGUUAAGUUUUUUUUUUCUUUCUUUUCUUUCUUUUAACGUUUACAUUUUUUUUAAACUACCAAAUAAAUUAACCAAUUAGUCAAUUAAAUUCAUUAGUUAAUUAAAAAAUCAGUUAGGUAAUUAAUAAAUCAAUUAGGCAAUUAAAUAAUUCAAUUAAUAAAUAAUUAAAUUAGGUAAUUAAAAAAUUAAUCAAUUAUGAUUAAUUGUUCUGUUAUUAAUUAUAUUAAUUAAAAAAAAGAAAAAAAUUCUCAAGACAUUUGUUUCCCAUUUAGUACAGUCACCACACAAAAGACUUGUGAUUUUAAUUUGAUAUAAUUUUAUUUGUUAUUAUUAUGUAACAUAUCGGGGAAUAAAAAUAUUAGUUAUUUCAUGUUUUUUGUGAAUGGUUGCUAUAAUUAAUGAUUGAAAAAAAAAAUACUAAAAAAACAAAUUAAAUGCACUAUGUAAAACUGAACCAAUAUAUAAUAGAUUUUUUGUACGUGUGUCUGAAUAUUUUACGCGAUUGUUUAUAUGGGUUUGAAUGCUUUAGAGAAUGAAAAAUCCGACAUGUAAAUAUAGGAAAAAAAAAAAAUUAUUUAUUCUAUUCGAAUUUUAAAAAUAAGGUUCUCGUGUACUGCUAUAUUGUGUUACAAAAUAAAAAAUAUACGCGUUAAUUUAUUCUUUAACGCGUCAAAAAAGAUAAAAUAAAAAAAAAAACAAAAAAAAA